AUGGCUGACAACAAUAUGAUGGGGAAAGUGAUGGCGUGGCGUACAGGACGUUUGGGCUUCAAGACGACCGUUGUGACGCUUCUCUGUAUUUUGUUAAAUAUUCUUGCCUUGUAUCUUCUGCGUCGGUUAUUCCCCGCCCUGAGGGGCGGCGGCGAUCAUAGACACACACAUGGGAGCAGAAGGAGAAGUAGCAGCAGGGAUGGCAAUUCGAAGAAGAAACACAAGAAGCAUCAUGGAAACGGGGAAGUAAAGAAUUCCCUUCCAAAUUUACUUCUGCUCCUUGGCAUUCCUGGCAGUGGAAAGACGACCUGGAUCAACCAGUACAUUGAUCGUUGUGACAAGUCAUAUAUUGUUCUGAACGAGGAUUCUGUUGCUGGAAAAGUUGUCGCCGCAAUCGAUGAUUCCUCGUGGGAAGAAGGGGUGCGGGAAGCUUUUAUUGGUGAAAUUGUGCGACACUUAAAUGAAAAACAAAAUGUGGUUUUGGACGACUCCUUACGUGUCAUGGAUGAGGAGUUCCGGCGCAGCAUCAUGGAGGCAGCACCUCCUUGCAAUCUUUUGGUGAAGGAGUUUCCCAUCAAGGCACUCUUUGCGCAUGCACGUCUAUUGAAGGUUGCCGAGGAAGUUACUGAUCGUCGUUGCCCCACUGAAAUUGAAAUGGAGGAAUUGGAGACCAACUUUGAGAAGGCGAGGGCAUGUAUGAAGACGGAAGGGUGGAAGCAGCUGCUAGAUCCAUCGCAUUUGCGGUCAAAACACCGGUGA